CGAAUAGCAUCCAAAGAGUAAUGUAACAAUUAUUUUAUAUCAAUGUCAUGUUUUUUUUCUUUUUUUUGUGUUGCUUUGUGUGGGGUACCUUUGGCUCCCUAAAAUUCAUGCCUUUCUUUCAGUUGUCUAGUCCAUUAGCUCGUGGGCCAGCUAAUGUUCAGCCUCUGGAUAUGGGAAGAAAUGGCUCUGGCAACACUACAAGUUCUCGUUCUGUGGCCACUUCACCUUUGGCCACUGAUAAAAAGGAUGGCACAGUUGCUCUAGUUAAAACUGGCUCUGAAAUAGUUAAGAGUACCCCUGCAGGUGAAUAUCUUACUGCUGCUUUGAAUGACUUUGAUCCAGACCAAUAUGAAGGGCAUGCUGCCAUUUCUGACGGUGCAAACAAGCUUUUGAUGCUGGUUCUGGCUGCUGUCAUCAAAGCUGGUGCCUCUAGGGAACAUGAAAUUCUUGCUGAGAUUAAGGAUUCUGUUUUCUCUUUUAUUAGAAAGAUGGAACCUAAACGUGUGAUGGACACCAUGCUUGUUUCCCGUGUUAGGAUUCUGUAUAUAAGAUCUUUGCUUGCAAGAUCCCCAGAGUUGCAAUCAAUUAAGGUUUUGCCAGUAGAUUGCUUUCUUGAGAAGACUAAUAAUACUGGGCGCAGUAGAAGUUCCAGCAGAGGAAGUAGUCCUGGUAGGUCUCCUGUGCUAUAUGUUGACGAGCAGAUCCAGGGAUUUAAAGUGAAUCUAAAGCCAGAAAAGAAAUCAAAAUUUUCAUCUGUUGUGUUGAAGAUACGUGGGAUUGAUGAGGAUAUCUGGAGACAGCAGGUAACUGGUGGAAAUCUUAGGGAAAUUACCGAGGAGGCCAAAAGUUUUGCAAUGGGGAACAAAGCCCUUGCUGCACUCUUUGUACAUACACCUGCUGGUGAGUUGCAGCGCCAAAUUAGAUCCUGGCUUGCCGAGAAUUUUGAAUUUCUAUCAGUAGCUGGGGAUGAUGCAUUGGGGGGCUCAACUGGUCAGUUGGAACUUCUUUCAACUGCAAUUAUGGAUGGUUGGAUGGCUGGCCUUGGUGCGGCUCUUCCUCCCCAUACUGAUGCCCUUGGCCAGCUAUUGUUUGAAUAUUCAAAACGUGUCUAUACUUCUCAACUACAACACUUGAAGGAUAUUGCUGGUACCUUGGCAACAGAGGAGGCUGAAGAUGCAGCACAAGUAGCUAAACUACGUUCAGCUCUAGAAUCAGUUGAUCAUAAAAGAAGAAAGAUUCUGCAACAAAUGAAAAGCGAUACAGCCUUAUUAACAUUAGAAAAUAGUGGCUCCCUUAUUCAAAAUCCUUCUACUGCAGCUGAAGAUGCACGAUUAGCAUCUCUUAUUUCGCUUGAUAGCAUAUUAAAGCAAAUCAAGGAUAUGACAAGACUUUCUUCUGUGAACAUCUUGAGCAAAAGUAAGAAAAAGACUAUGCUUGCAUCUCUUGAUGAAUUAAAAGAACAGAUGCCUUCACUUCUCCAAAUUGAUCAUCCAUGUGCUCAGAGGCACAUUGCAGAUGCCCGCUACAUUGUUGAGUCAAUUCCUGAAGAAGAUGACCCCAUUCAAGAUAUAUCUCAUGGUCGCAAGUCAUCAACAGAUCUGAGCUCUGGAUCUGAAACUGACGUAGCACAAUGGAAUGUACUACAAUUUAACACUGGCUCGACAUUACCCUUUAUAAUAAAAUGUGGUGCUAACUCUAAGUCGGAACUGGUCAUUAAAGCUGAUGCACGAGUUCAGGAACCUAAAGGUGGUGAAAUUGUGAGGGUGGCCCCUAGACCCUCCGUUUUGGAAAAUAUGAACUUGGAGGAAAUGAAACAAGUUUUUAAUGAACUACCGGAGGCUCUAAGCUUGCUCGCUCUAGCUAGGACUGCAGAUGGCACACGGGCACGUUAUUCUAGAUUAUAUAGGACCUUGGCUACAAAGGUUCCGUCUCUUAAGGAUUUGGUCAGCGAGCUCGAAAAAGGGGGGGCACUCAAAGAUGUUAGAACUUGACCUUUGGAUGGCAACAUUAUUCUUUACUCCAUGUUCUGAGGUGCUUGUGCUAAGUUCGCUAAUGCUCUUAGGUAGGGUUUACAGUGGUAUUGCAUUUCUCAGUUUGCUUGCACGUUAUGUUUGUAUGUAGCAGUAAUUAUUUAGUAUUCUUAGCCUGCAGUUUUGAUUCAGUUAGUUAAUGCAAGUAGCUUAAAACGCAGUUUUUGGUUCAGUUGAAACUGUUAUACACGUUGCAGCAUCAGAUUCGAUUGACAUUAUCCGGUUUUAAAAUAUAACAGUCAUUGUCUACCCCCCUGCCAUCUUUUACUCGUUUUCCAACCAUUGUAGUUGUAAUGAACUUCUGGCAGUAGUCAAUGAACUUCUCCGGAUCUAUGUCUAUGUAAAGUUGUUUGAUCUGAUCACAAAAAUAAACGAGAAAUCUUGUCUGACAAA